GUAUUCAUAAUUAUGCAACUAGACGAAAAAUCAAAUCCCAUCGAUCUGAAUUUGAAUAAUAAUUCUCUCUACAUGAAGCAAAAAUGUUUGCAUGUCAUCAAAUCGCCAAAUUCAAACACAGCAAAUUUCAAUGACAGAAAAUUAACUUCACAUAUCAAAAAAGAAAACAUUUGCAAGAUUGAAAACGCAAACAAUAUUAAUGUACAAGAAACUCUUAAUACAAAACCAGUUGAUUUGCUUAAGCCUGGUGAUACUUUAAAAGAUAGAUGGAGAGUCUUAAGGAAGCUUGGAGUAGGAGGCUUCGGAGAGAUCUAUGUCGCUGUUGACACUCAAGCUGAAAAAUCAAGUAAAAAGGUAUUGAGCGCCUGCUCUCAAUAUGCCUCUGUUAAUCUCCGGGCAACUUCUGCUUUUACCAAUAUUUAUUGCUCAUCUUGUCUCUCAAAAGAACUGGGCAGAAUUUCUUCGAUACAUGAAUCAAAAAAUCUUCUACCCGCUUAUGCUGAAGCAAUUUCUUCUGAUAGUGGAUUCAUUCAUGGUGCUAUUAUUGAUGAUGCCCUUGUCUUAGACUCACUAAAAGUUGCUUGCGAGAAAAACACUGCAUCGGCUUCUUUUUAUUCGCCUCAACUUUUUUCUCCCGGUGCAACGCCUAACAUUCGUGGCCAGAAUAUCAUUAAUAUCGCAAACAUUAUACCAAAUGGCCCAACCCAAUCAAGAAUAACAAGAAGUUUGGGAAUAGAUUUUACUCGUGCUCAUAUCGAUGAUGUAAGAUUACCAUCCACCCCAGCUUCAGGAAAGAUGGAACUUUCUCGAAAGCCAACUCUUGAUUCAGAUCCAAAUAAUAGUAAUGGCUAUUGCCUUAGCUGUAGGGCCCUCAUCCACAAUAACUCUGUGCGAAACCAAUUCAUAAGACAGAGCACGGAAGAAGAAAAUGGUAUAGUUUCUACAGAUUCCGGUGUAUCUACUCAGAAUUAUAGCCAACAACAUUAUGAGCGACAAACCACCAGCCAAGAGAAAACUGAUGAUUUUUUCCGGGUUGCGAUUAAAGUUGAACCUAAUUCCCAGCCUCGUCAAGUUCUUAGAAUGGAGGUUGCUGUUCUUCGAAGGAUACAGGGAAAUCCUCAUAUAUGCCAGUUGCUUGGGUGUGGUAAAAAUAGUAGAUUCAAUUAUAUGGUGAUGACGCUUCAGCUUUAA